CCCUGUCUAUCUAUGGCCUGAAACUUGCCUGUAUCUACGGAGUAAUUGUGUGGACGCAUGCACUGUGGCUGCUCGAGUUAUGAUGUUCUGGCUAUCUCUGGACUGGAUGCGGACUGGCUGAGUAAAGCUUACUGUGAGAGGAUUCUCGAGAUAGAGUCCGGGUCCUCCGUCAAUAAGGAGAAGUGGUACCUACGGCUGUGGAAUAGACCUACAUAGGGACUGAGAUGGACAAUUAGAGGCCUUCUGUGGAGACAUCAACGACUCUAAGACGAGACCGGUAGAGUCGGCUGUGUCUUGCAGUGGUGUUACGUGGACUUCGACAUCUUCUUUCCUUCGGUCGUGUGUCCACAGCACGCCUGCAAUUUACCUUCUGGACACGGCCCAAGCUCGAUUUUUGCCCACCAUAACAUUUUACAGUUUCCGUUCACAGUCUCC